AUGCCGAACCACAACAACACCAACGUCGACCUGAGUGCGAUCAUUCGCGACAAAUUCAAGGGGGAUGCAGCCAAGUUGGCCCAAUUCAUGGAGCACAUGGCCAAUUAUCAGCCCAGCAAUCACCCAGCUGUACCAUCGCACUCCCACCAGGGGUUCUCCGCUCCUCAACAAACCCACAGAAUGAGGCUGAACGAGCCUCAAACUCCUUCUAUGGCUUCAUUGUCGACCGCGGGCAGCCACAUUUACCAAAGUACCCCAUCCUCGGCUAGUCAAGCUUCGUCGAUGGCAGGAUACCCUCACACUGCCGUUGUCCCGCCUCAAUCUGUUGGCAACUAUGCCCCGGCACCCGUCGCACAACAUCAAUAUCAUUCUGGCUUGCCUGGUCAGGUCUAUUACCCACAACCGGGUUCAGGACCUUUCCAAGCGUUGCCUGCCUACCCUCUGCAAAAGCACGACGUCUACCCCCAUGCUGCUCAGAUCUUGCCUCCCAAGCCUGCCCAGUCAGGAUACCAGCUUAAUCCUGGGAGGAAAGGUUCGAGCAAGAUGAAGGAGAAAACCAGUGAUGUCGCUAUCGGGAAGGGCGCCAACAAGGUUAGUUCAUCCCGAAACUACCCCAAGUUGCCCUAUAUAGACUCUAACUGGGGUUGCUUCGUCUCUAUUAAGGUCACAUACAUCCGUUGCGGGUCUAUUAUGCGUUGCAACAUGCGGCUGUGGCCCAAUGCCAGCGGAGCACAGACUCUCUUCCACGAAGCGGUAGAGAACUCGAAGCAUUCUAAGCAUAUCGACUUUCAAGCCUCGUGGAAUCCUCCAGACAUUGCUCAAGCCGUUAUCACCGCUUUCCGUAGCGUACUAGGCCCAACUGCCCUAGUGAAGCCCUUUAUUUGGACCAAGAUUGGUCCUGGUACGACUACAUUCCAUCACGACAACUUCAUGGGGUGUUAUACUGCCACGAUCAAGGAUCUCAAGAGCUACUUCUACAACUGCACUUCGAUCUACGUGUUGGAGGAGGGUUGGCAACUCCCUGAAAACGACAAUCCCGCUUGGCGAUUGACUAUCUCUCGGUUGGAGGGUCUCGAUUGUGAUCGUUGGGAAGAAGAGAUGGAGGGCAACUUGGGGAUUGAUGGCCUAGUGGGGUGCAAAGGGUGCGAAGGACGCUACCCCCCAAUAGCCUUACAGCAGCACCAAGACGUCUGUCCCGACUUCAAACACUUGAGUCGCAACGGUCGUCUCGAUGCUAAACGUCCGGCACCAAAACAAAGGCCACGCAAGAUCAUCAAGGUCAAGCCCGAGCCAGUAUCCAUUGUCAAGCCCGAACCGGUCAAUGCAGAGCCUUGGAGCGACGAUGCUCGCUCUUCUUCCCCCAACUCCGUCAUCUGUCUCUCUGACAAUCCGGAUGCUGUCGCAAUACCACUCAAGAGUAGGGAAUUGACUUCUGACGCAGCUGUUACGCUGCUUCGUCGACUCUCUUCCCAUCCGGCCUUUGAUGACGAUUGGCUGGAGGUACAGCUGCGACGUCUAGAGUCUUCAACAACCAGUCAGCCUUUGUAUAGGGCUAAUCUGCUCGGUGCGAGGGCUAAUUCAGCUACAAACCCCUUAACAGGGCCAACUAUUCUCCCUUACAACGAUACGUCCGCUGAUGACCUCUUGUCGAUGGAGUUAGGAGAACAAGGAACCUAUCCUACAAGCCAAUCCCCAGCUUCUGUGCGGUAUUCGGAGGACGCUUUUCAAGGGAACGAUUCCGAGUAUGGUCAGUUGGCGGCAAUGUUGCAGGGCUUCACCAAUGAAGACUGGCAUAACACCCUGGGUAGGGACGACGGACAAGGCCAAGGUAUCGAUGACACCAUCGACAAGGGUGUCGGAGGGUCAGGCAGUAAUGAUCUAGGCCUUGAUGGGGUCGACCCAGCUGCUGGUGUUGAGUUGGGCAGGUCUGAAUCGGUCAAUGAAGGGAUGAUACCCGCUUCCGAAAGUACCCCAGCUGAGCAGGAAGAAGCUGGAGGGAAGGGGAAGGGGAAGGGGAAGGAUAAAGCAAGGGGAACGAAGAGGAAGGCAGGAGCAGUUGAUACAGACGUUGCGGGAGGAGGGCGAUCGAACUUACGCAGUCAAAAUAGCCAGCCUGAUAACAAACGUACACGCCGACCACCCACACAGUUCCCUUUGCUGUAA